AUGGAGGAGGGUGGUGAUCCCCGCCAGCUCGAGGUGGAGUGCGGAACAGCCAACGUCUGGUACAACACUGUCAAGCUCGCCUCCGGGGUCACGUCCCCGCCCGAGGGGGCCACGGCCGAAAAAUCUGGCUGGGUGCACUUGAGCACACUUGCCAGACAGAUAGGGAGAACAACAGCAGCCGAAAGGGCUGCCGAGACGACGCCACGGCAAAUGCAUGCCCUGAGCUGGAAUGUUGGGGGACAGACAGCGGCGAAGGCCCUGGAAGUGCUCCUGGCACUCAGCCGAGGGGGAAUUCAUCCCUUUCACCAGUCCCUUGUCGUACUCUUUCAGGAGAUCAUCUGCGACGAGGGGAAAUUUCACUUGGAACUGGAGGAGCUGCAACUCAUCUUCGGCAAAGGUCCCGGAGAAUGGCGAGGGAAUGCCGUAGCGCAUACUUCCAACUUGCGGCAUACUCGUGGAAAGAUUUGCCCGGUUCGUGUUACUGCGGUCCGCGAGAGAAAGAUGCCCCCCUGGACGAGCCGCCGUAUCACUAGCACAUCCAAAGUCGUCUACGAGCUGGAUCAGCAUGCCACACUCCAGGGGGACCCUGUCCACCUUAUCCAGACCGUCGCCGUUGCCAUCACCGAUGCAGGCGAACGACGGCGACAACUUUGGAAAGACGCUCGCAAACAACACCAGCGCGAGCAUCGACAGUGGAAGCAACGAGCCAUGCAACUCGUUGCUGAGCAGGACUGGAGUACCAAGCGGGCACUUACAGAGCUGCGCCGAGACCACAGCUGGGAGCUCGGCCUUACAGACAGUAGCAACUGUGUUGAAGAGGGCUCGCAUUAUCGGUGA